GUUCUCUAUUUCUCUCUAGAUCAAAACUACGCUUUGAAGACUUGUCUAUGUCGCAAGCGAAUGAAGAAGAAGAAGCUCGAAUCUCAGCCGUAAGGAAUAAAAAGAAUAAACGUUGAUCUAUCUGACAAGUGAAGGGAGAAGAGAGAAGAAACUCCGAUCAAGGAAAAAGAGAAAAGUCUAAUUUCCCCAAUAAUUGUUAAUAUAGGAGAGACGGUGAUAGUGAAGGAGUUAAACGUCUGUAGGGUAAUUGGUGGUAGGCUCAUGAGCUCAUCCAUUGGCUGCUAUUUAAAAAUUCAGAUGAGACGGUCAUGCUCUAGGGUGGAAUGAGAAUGAGAGGAAAGUGAGGUGGGACACGGAAGGGUCCCGUGUUUUCCUUCCAGUCACAAUAUUCCAAUUCUGUCCACCAGUUUCUCUAUCGUCAGUGUCCAAACUAGUAUUUUCGCUCCUCUCUCUGUCAAAAGACUAGGCAGAGAGAAACCUUUAUGUAGACAUGAUUGCUGGCUCUCUGUUUCCUAAAUUUGUGUUUUUUUUGGUGAGGAUUAAUUUUCAUUAAUUUAAUUUGAAAGAAGAAGGAGGAGAAGGGACAAGAGUGUAGUGUAAAAUGUGGUCCACAACGCUUCCAUGUAAAUAUUUUGUCGGAGUUAAGAGUAUAAUACACCGACUGCCUCACACAACUACAGCUGCAAAUGUUAGCACAGCAACUUCGUCUUCUUCUGCUGCUGCUUCCUCUGCUGGUUCAACGGUGUCGUUUCUUCAUUUCUCUGCAAAUGUUGGACUCCGCAUUUGCAUUCUCCUCUCUUUAGCUUCAACAAGCAUUCUGAUCUCUUCUCUCUUCGUUUUCUGUUUCUUGUUCUUCGCCUACAGAAAUUCAGUUGUUUAGUCUAUAACCAGAAAAGAAGUCAAUCAAGCCUCUUACAUGGAGCGGUACGAAGUACUUGAGCAGAUUGGAAAGGGAGCCUUCGGUUCAGCUCUUCUUGUGAGGCAUAAGCAUGAAAAGGAGAAGUAUGUGUUGAAAAAAAUCCGGCUUGCUCGCCAGACUGACAGGUCUCGAAAAUCCGCCCAUCAAGAGAUGGAACUCAUAUCUAAAAUGCGAAAUCCUUUUAUAGUAGAGUACAAAGAUUCCUGGGUGGAGAAGGGUUGCUAUGUGUGCAUUAUAAUAGGAUAUUGUGAAGGAGGAGACAUGGCGGAAGCUAUAAGGAAAGCAAAUGGCAUGCUUUUCCCAGAAGAGAAGCUUUGUAAGUGGCUUGUUCAACUCCUAAUGGCCCUUGACUAUUUGCACAUGAGUCACAUUCUGCAUCGUGAUGUUAAGUGUUCCAAUAUAUUCUUGACAAAAGGGCAAGGCAUACGUCUUGGUGAUUUUGGACUUGCCAAAAUUUUGACAUCAGAUGAUUUUGCUUCCUCUGUUGUGGGAACUCCGAGCUAUAUGUGCCCAGAGCUUCUUGCUGAUAUCCCAUAUGGUUCCAAGUCAGAUAUUUGGUCACUAGGAUGCUGUAUAUAUGAAAUGACUUCUCUUAAGCCUGCAUUUAAAGCUUUUGAUAUUCAAGCACUGAUUAACAAGAUAAAUAAGUCGAUUGUGGCUCCUCUUCCAACUAAAUAUUCUGGUGCAUUUCGAGGUCUUGUUAAAAGCAUGUUGAGGAAAAACCCAGAAUUUAGGCCAAGCGCCGCUGAGCUGCUCAGGCAUCCACACCUUCAGCCUUUCGUACUUAAGAUUAACCAAAGACUCAAUAGUCCUAGGCGCAAUGCAUUGCCGGUCCACUGGCCUGAAUCCAAUUUCGCAAAGAAAACCAGGUUCUCAGGGCCAAAAGAUAUUCCAGUUUCCAACUAUAGAGAGAAGAGACAUUCAUUCAGCAGUAAUAGGGCUUUGAAUCCAAGUGUGUCUGCAGCUGAUCUAGAUUCUGUGUGCUCUACUUCUACCAGAGGAUUACACGAUGAAACGAGUUUUCAUUAUCGUGGAAGAGCAGAUUUAUCAGUUAGUAGCAGCAGUGAAGAGACGGUUAUUUGUAAAACAGUUGGUUCAAAAACAUCUAUUAUUGUCAAAACUCUGAGAGAUACACCAGCAAAAGCUUCUGUUGUUCCAAGGAAACGUGCAGAGCCCAUAAAGAAACGCGAAUCACAGCUUCUUGUUUCAUGCACUCCUGCAAAGAAGACUGUCAGUGCCACCCGCAGAGCCUCUUUGCCGUUGCCAGCAAAAACUGCAGCACGAGAGUCCCGUCACAGACAUGAUUUCAAUAUUCUUCACGAUCUAAAGUCUCCAGAUGUUUCUGUCAAUGCUCCUCGUAUGGACCGUAUAGCUGAAUUCCCCUUAUUUCCUGAAGAGGACCCCAUAUUUCCACUUCAAGGUUCUUCUAGCUCCCGACAACGCAAGGACCCGUCAAUUACAAAAGAUAAAUGCAUGGUCCAAUUUUGUGAAGAAAACACCGAGAUGUGGCAGGGAAUCCAACAGAGCAUGUUUCGAGUACAUGAAGAUCAAAGAAGCAACUUCUCUGAUCAAAAUGCUGGUGCAUCAAGCCGCCUCCGAUUUGACACCUCAUCGUAUCAGCAAAGAGCUGAGGCUCUGGAAGGUUUACUUGAAUUUAGUGCAAGAUUGCUGAUAGAUGAAAGGUAUGAUGAGCUGGUCGUGCUUCUGAAGCCAUUUGGACCUGGAAAGGUCUCUCCUAGGGAGACUGCCAUAUGGUUAUCCAAAAGCUUCAAGGAGAACACAAUCAAACAGGACGACUAAUCUACCAAGACAUUUUAUAUAUAUACAUUUCUGUAGUUGGUAAGUAUUAGAGUAGCAAUGCAGACAGGUUUUAGGCGAUUAGUCGGAAAUCAACAUAUAUACAGUAGUUUACUUUCAUGUCACAAUGCCUGUGAGAUGGAAAAUCAGGCAUCAUGUAUGAUGGACUCAAAUUAUAGGUUCUGUGGGUGUUACUGCCAUUAAACUACAUGAUCUAGGGUUUCAUUAUGCCUCAAAUACUGCUUGCGAACACGUAUGGAGACAAUAGACCUGCAUCAACUUCUACUCCUUUUGGUUACUUCACCUGAUUGCAAAUUAUAUUCUUCUUGUAGAC